UUAAUAGUUUGUGAAAUUAUAUGAGAUUAUAGAAUAGGUAAACAAAUGUAGUCAAAUUUAAUCAUUUUGUUUGAGGUUUAAAAUACCUUAGAUUAAGUAGUAUUGUUUGUUACUGUUUUGACGCAUAACUCAUAAGGUAACGAAUAUGUAGGACAUUUAAAAUGUAUGCCCUAAUUAAGCACAGUGUUUAAAAUCUUAUCUUAAAAUUUUGCAUUCAAAUUAGGUUUUGUAAUUUCUUUCGGUAUGACACUCAAGCGCAAUCUUUUACACGUAUUGUUUUUGAUUGUUUGUAAUUUAAGGAUUACUUUAUGUUAUGUAUUUGUUUCUACAAAUAACGGGAUUGUUUCUGGAUAUAAUCUUGAUCUCCAAGGUUACAACGUGGUAGGGAGUCAGAUCUCAAGUUUGAAUAUAUUUUUAGGCAUCCCGUACGCCGAGCCACCGGUUGGAAUACUUCGAUUUGCUAGGCCUGUUCCUAAAACACCAUGGUAUCCGUCGCGUUUAAAUGCUUCUCAUUAUUCACCUGCAUGUCCUCAAUCCACAUGGUUUCUCAGAAAGUAUAGCUUUGACUCAAAUUACAACAACACUGAUGAGGAUUGUUUGUAUCUCAACAUAUAUUCUCCACGGGAUUUGGCGAAUCCGAACUCAACGUAUCCUGUUUUAUUCUGGAUCCACGGAGGGUCGUACAAAUACGGUUCUGGGGCAGAAUAUGACGGAAGAAUUCUUGCACAAGAAGGAGUUGUCGUUGUUACUAUUAAUUACCGAUUAGGAGUUAUGGGUCUCUUUAACUCCGUAAUCGCUCAAAGUGGCUGUUCACUUAGUCCAUGGGCUAUUUACCGGCCACCUCAUAGCAUUCGGACUUAUUCGGAGACAUUGGCAAGGGAAGUCGGAUGUCCAACAAAUUCUUCAUCUGAUCUUAUUGAUUGUCUCAGAUCAAAGGAUUCGAAUCUGCUAAUAAACGCAAUUGUUUUGGGACCCCCAAUGAUUUCGGCGUUUGCUCCACGCGUUGACGGUUAUUACAUACAUGACUUACCGGAAGUGUUGCUUGCACGUGGAGAGUACAUCCGCCACGUCAAUGUUCUUAAUGGAUUUUUACCGGAUGAAGUAUCGGAGGAUUUCGAAUCGGAACCUGGGAUCGACGACGGGUUAAGUAUGAAUCAUUUAGAACAACUGUUUUACACAAAAAGCAGACGGUAUUUGACAAACGCAGAUGAAAUAUUCACUGCCUUAAAAUGCGCUUAUCCGCCCAGCAACAGUGACAAAAUCCUCAACAGGGAUCAUCUUAUUAAUAUGAACUCGGAUUAUGGGUACGUUGCACCACAUAUAAAACUAUCACAAAAGUUGUCGGCAAAAGGAGAAAAUGUAUGGAUGUACGAAUUUACGUACAGGUCAGCGAACUCAUUAAAGAAACCAUGGAUAGGCGUUCCUCAUUCAGAAGAACUAUACUAUCAGUUUGGUGCUCCAUUCUUAGACGUCACGCCAUGUCCGAACUCACGUAACGUCACGUGUCCAGUCACGUGUGGAAAAUACCAAAAUUGGUCGAUAGCCGACAAGCAAGUCAGUCUUGAAACAAUGAAACUUUGGACAGGCUUCGCCAAAUUGAAACAGAAUAGUGCUAUAUUUCCAUCUAGUGAUGAAAGCCCUCAUAACUGGUCACAAUAUUCGCCUGGUGAAAACAUUCUGAACAUAAGUACAACGAUAACACAGGAACAUCUCCGAAAAACCAAUGGCGUUCGUUUUUGGGAUAGUUUUAAUUACCUGAACCUUUCUGAACACAUUCCAGAUGUCUGUCAUUCGGAGUCAAGUAUACUUGUAGGGAAAUAA